UCCCAGAACUAUACGACUUGUCAAUGCGGCGGGGAAACAGACUGUCAUCCUGAGCACUUCAUCUGGACUGCUGGUCAACCCAUGGAGAGAAGGAUCAAGGGAGUUUUGUGUUCGUUGCUCCAUCAAUUGCUCGACUCCGUUGCCGAGAUGACCACCAGAAUCAGCACCCAAUAUCCCUGGACGGUCAAGAAAGGGGAGGCUCCUGACUGGAACGAGAAGGAGCUCAAGAAGGUUCUCAAAUUCGCUCUAGAGCAUCUGGGCACCGACGUCUGUAUAUUUUUGGACGGGCUUGACGAGAUCGAUGCCGGUCUAUCAGAAGGACAACGGCGACUUCUGAACCUCGUUAAGGAGCUCCAAACUCUAAACAAUGUCAAAAUAUGCGUCGCAAGUCGUCCUGAACCCCUUCUAAAAAGCGGUCUAUCCCAUGCGCCAAUGUUCAAAAUUCACGAACUCACACAUAUUUGUGAGAUGGCUGAUGGAGUGUUUUUGUGGGUUGCACUGGCCCUUCAGUCGCUAAGAAAUGGUUUAGCCCAAGGCGACAGUGUUUGGGAACUAGGCAAGCGCCUGAGAGCUUUGCCGAGAGAUUUGAAAGAUCUAUAUGCGGCGAUGUGGAAGCGACUUGGGGAUGACGAGCCUCUGUAUCGACGAGAUGCUGCAAUGUAUCUCAACACAGUUUUGGCCUGCCAGCUCAUCGAUAAUCGCAAGCCAUUAGCCAUCGGUGAAUUGCUUUUGGCAACUGACUUGAGCCUCAUGGAUCAGUUUUGCCAUGGAAGGUUAGAAACCGAGGGCCUGGAGCGAACUCUCACGAAGACAUCGGAUCAACUUGCGCGCCGAAUAGAAGUCCGUUGCGUAGGGCUCCUGGAGGUCACAGAAAACGCCAACACGCCCCUGUUUAACAGGGUUCUCUUUAUUCAUCGAUCGGCCAAAGAGUUUCUUUGA